AUUCUUGAAUCUUGAUUGAAGCAACCCAAAAAAAAAAAAAUGGCAGCAUCAACUUCUUCUUCAGUUUGUUCACCAGUUCAUCUUCUUCAAUCCAGCUCAUUUUCUACUAGUACCAAAAGAAUUAACCAUGCAAGAGCGGUGAAUCCAAGAAGAUCACGUUCAAGUUCAACUUCAAUUUCUGCAAUGAGAAGAUCAGAAGCUGAUCACCAUGACCAAAACUACAGCAGUGGGAGAAUGGUGGAUGAGAACAUGAUUGUUCUUAGGAAAAGAAUCCAUGAAACGAAGAUGAUAGAGAGGAACUACGAGCCACCAUCCGAAUGGAUGGACUGGGAGAAGAAAUACUACACAAGUUAUGAUUCGAUGAUUUGUGAAGUCAUGGGGUUCUUGCAAUCGCAUUUGAUGGACACUAGGCCUAGCUUGGCUCUUGGGAUGAUUGCUUUGGUCGGCUUGAGUGUCCCAACUUCAACACUUUUGGUCAUGUCUCAGCUGAUGGAGUUAACCAAAGGUGUUCUAGCUGGGAUUAAUUUGUCUUAGCCAAAGAGUUCUCUAAUAUCAUAUGUUGAGAUUCGAUUUAUUUGUUUGUUGUAUAUAGAAUCCGAGACAUGUAUUUGACUGUUUUUGAUGGUCAGCUAGUCUAUAAAUGUAUUGAAAAAGAUGUAAUGGUUUUAUGUGAAUCAGUUAAUUUACCUUC